UUAAGGAAACGGAGACCUAUAGCGCUCCAAGGGGAAGCUCGCUAAUUCUUACCUAUCUUUGUAUCAUUUGGAUUCGUAUAUUUUUAUCAGAUCGUCCAUUUGCUUUGCUUCCAAUUUGCAAGAAUGCCUUGGAAAAAAGUCGACCUCAGACGAUAUGAAAGACGGCUCGACAACACAGAGAAGCUUCUCAAGCGAGUGGCAGACUUGUUUACCGAGUAUAAUAGAGAGCAUUGGGCCGUGAACGUCCUGGCACGGCUCCAAUUUGGAGAAUUCGAAGAAGAUCAGUUGAUCGAUGCUCUCCGCAUAGCCUGGAUUCAAACUCGGCAUCAUCACCCGUUCAUCGCAGCAACCCUUCGCGGGGACAAUCAUGUAUACGUAGUUCCGGACCAGCGAGAGAUAGACGCAUGGGUGUCCGAAUCCUUCUUCGUUCACAAGAAUGAAACCUUGCAGCACUUCAUGAGAACGGCCAGAUCGGCCAAGUACUCAUCGUUCCACUUCUUUCCUGCAAGUAGCGAAAUCUUAAUGCGCACCCACCAUUGGCAAAUCGACGGAAUGGGAGCCAUCCACCUACUCAAUAGGUUUCUUGAGAUCUUCUCUGCGGCCGAGGCUCUGCCAACCUUCGGUGAUGAAUGGAGACGUCUGCCUCCGGGUCACGCCGAAGCCGCACCGCUGCCGACUAAGCUAUCAGACGAGACUCAGGAAGCAGCACAAAGGAUGGCUCAAGAAAGCCCAUUUGGCGGAAAACCAUCUAUUGGUCUCGAGAUGACCCCGCGCGAGCCUGGCGGUACUAGGUGCUCGAUGCUGGUCUUUGACUCUGUAACGCUUGGGACUAUCGUCAAGUCAUGCAAGGAAGCCGGGUUUAGCGUCGCGUCUGCAAUACACGCCGCCAUGAUCGUUGCCACGCAAGAGAUGGCUGCGAAGUCCCAUCCUACCACCAACUUCACCUCGGUAGCUUUUUACGACCACCGCGCUCACUUACAGAGUCCCUACAAUGACCCCCGAGCUUGGCCGAUGGGCUGCUGGAUGCUCGGCUUGCCGUUCUCGCUUCCCCACGCCGACUUCGUCACCCACGCCAGGGCUCUGCAGAAGAUUUACAAACUGCCUCUAGCCUUGGAUCAAUGCGCCGUGCUUAAGUAUUACGACAUUUACAUGGAGAAACUGGUUGAAGCCUUAGGACAGCCUCCUCCACCAGACGCGCCUCCGCUCACCCAACCACAGCUCAGCAGCCUCGGCGUGCUCGAUGGCAAAGUGCAACAUUCAUACUCCGGAAAGCAGCCUGUAUCAGUAGAGCACAUCGAGCCUUGUCUGGAUCAAAUGACCACCGCGACUCUAGUCUUCCAGUGGUCGUGGAGGGGAAGGUCGUUCAUCAAUGUCUGUUCGAAUGAGAAUUACUACGAAGGCGAAUAUGUGGAGAAAUACUUGGCGAGAGUCAGGGUAAAUUUGUUAACAGGGUUGAAACUGAAGGAUUCUAUUUAAACGUUGAUUGAUAAAUAUCG